CGCGACACAGAAGCUGCGUCCUUACCUCUUGAUGCACGAAACCAUUGUGGUGGCAGCGGCAAACCCCAUAGACUACUUAGCUUCGAAGCAUGUCCUAACAGGGGGAACGGAUCGGUGGUUGUUACAAUUGUCGUAAUUCGAGAUCAAAUAUCAACGCCCAAAUGAGGUAAGAGGACAAGCAAUAGCCGACCUGAUAGCCAUGUAUCCAGGAGAAGGAGAUGAUGAGGUACAUGAAUAUAUACCCGGAGAAGUAGCGGCUGCAGAUGUGGACAAUCCCUGGACCAUGUUCUUUGAUGGGUCAUCAUAUGGUACUAUUGGAGGAGCCGGAGUAGUAUUUGAAGCCCCUAGAGGCGAGUUGCUCUCAUACUCGUUUAAACUGGACUUCCCAUGUAGUAACAACGUUUCUGAAUACGAAGCACUGAUUCUGGGACUCCGAAUGGCAAAGGAACUCAAUUUGGGGAGUGUAAAAGUCAAAGGCGACUCGAGGCUCGUAAAGAACCAAGUAAACGGCGACUUUCACGUCAAAGAACCACACCUAGCACCUUAUAGGGCGCAGGCUCAAAGAUUGAUGAACCAAACGGGGUCAACAUUGGACCAUACUGGCAGAGGUGGAAAUAAGCACGCGGACGUCUUGGCAAUCCUAGAAAGUAAGGUACAAUUAAACAGUGAAGAAGAGGGCACGGUCACAAUACGAAGAAAGGAGUUUCCCAGCAUUUGGAAAGAAAACCUGGCUUUCGAGGAAGCAGACGACUGGAGGCGGGUAUAUAUCGAACACCUGACUCGGAUGGAUGAAGAAAGUACCGGUGAACUCGAUCAUCCGAAGGAUACGCGGCUAUAGUAGAGGCAAAUUAGCAUUUGCGGCAAAAAUGACCCAGAAAUACCACGGCACCAAAGAGAUUUCUUUUGGCUGCCACUUCAUUCUCAAUGUUGACACCAAUUAAUUAACUCAUGGCCAGGAAAGGAUACAUCAGUGAAGCAGUGAACCACUGAUGUAGUUGUUAAACAAGUGAAAUCGUCCUUCAUUUCAAGUACAGGGAGAUGCAGGUGGCUGAAGUGUUGGUGAUGGUGGUGGAGUUUGUAUUUCUUAAGAUGGAAGUGGAGGAAGGUGCUGUCACCGGGGCGACAAAGGUCAUGGAAUAAAGCUGUGCUCCUGCGGCUGCAGCGUUCUUAGACAAGGAAGUGGAGAUGUAUGCUUUUGAGUAGGAUGGUGUGAACUGGAGUUUAUCAUGGGAUGUGCAACCAUCGAAUGGCAAAGAAGUUAAGGUGCUUGGUGUUGUAGUCGUGCAGUGGUGUACUUAGUUCUUGCAGCAACUUCAAUGGAACAGAUUUGGGGCCUGAGUUGUGGCUGGUUCGCGAGUUGUGGUGUAUUUUAGAAGCUACAGCAGAUAAUGAACAUGGACAGAAAAUCAAGGCAGUGGUGAUGUGCAGUCGAUGGAGCAAAUAAAUGGCAGCAACCAAGUCAGAGUUUUGGUGUUGGGAGGUUAGAGUCAUAUGAAUUUGUAUGAGCCAUUGAUUCAUGGCUUUGUACUCGAAUCGAGAUGAAGUAAAUGGCGAUGCAGUCAACACGCAGUGGACGUUGAUUCGUACAGCUGAACGAGAGAUGAAAUUGAAUUUGCAGUCGAUAAUUUCACUUGGCAGCGACGAGAAUGGAUGGUUCGUACACUGAAUAGAAAAGAGAGAGAAGCUUUCUGCUGGAUCGUUGAGUGAGCUGUGCAGUCAAUGGAGAGAAUUGGUGCCAUGGUUGUUGCUGGCUUUUAUGGAAGAGUUUGGCAGUUGAGCUCGUGAACGAUAGUAGAUGCUGAGAAUGAAGACGAGGGAGUUCGCUGUGAUCAUUGAUUGAUCGUAGUUUCAUGAUCAAUGAUGCAUGGCUCGCUGUGAUGAGAAGAGAUUGAAGAAGAAAGCCAUUGAUGGAAGUGAUGGCUGUAGAAGAAGAAGUCCGCGUACUGCGUUGGAAAAAACGAAAGAAUAGAUAUAGGAAGUUGUUGUUGCGGUCGUAGCUGGCAUUAAUGAUGAUUGCGGGUAUACGAGUUUGUAACUGAGCUUAGAGGAGAUGGAGUUUUGGCUGCUGCCAUUAAUGGUGGUGAUUGAUCUCGGUGAUGGUCUGGCUGCUGGUGUUAUAGACAAGCUCGAGUAAACAGAGUCAGGGAAGAUGAUGAGAGUUAGCUCGAGAUAAAGGGAUUUCAGUGAGGGAAUUUGUCUUUGAUCGAAUUCAGGCAAGUGUUUUACACGGACAGAAAGUGGUUGCGGCCGGACUGUGGCACUGGCUCGGGUAUGGAAGUUAGGACCGUAACUGGACUGGGCCUUGGCAGUUAUUGCCAGGUCUUUUAUCGGACUGCAGCAACACCUAUAUAACGAAACGAACAGAAAGUGAAAGGGGAUGCCGGUUUUGGGGAGUUUUCCGUCUGGAAACGAAGACGGCUGCAACUGCUGGUACUGGAGAAGGAGAAUACAA